GGUCGCGGGUGAGGUCUAGGUCUGAAAUGAGGUCGCGGUGUGGUUUUUGGGUGUGUAAGCCUGGGAGUGGUCCUGCGAUUUGUAAGUUGCCUCUGUCUCCCGCGCACAAGUCCGACGAGAAGGGCAAGAGCGACAAUGCGAACGAUCGGCCUGUAGGCCAAGCAGACGGAUCGCCAUCGCGAAUGAAGGCGCUAUGUCUGCCGUCUCUUGACAACUGUGACGGAAGCAAAGAGCAAGGCCAAGAGCAAGGACGGCACAUCACCAGCCACCCACCUCCCCAAGCAUCCAUGUCGGCGGAAAAAGGCAAGACGUUUUCAUUUAACGGGCUUUUGCGCGUUUUACCUAUAGACUAUACGGAGUGUGAGCUUCACUCGGACAUCGAGGGGUCGAUUGGUGAAGAUGAGGGGGAGGGGGAGUGGUUCGAGGGAGUGGAUUGUUUUUGGGUGGGUGAUGUUGAUGCUUCUGCAAAGUCGACGUCGAGUUUGAAGGGAGAUUGUGAGCGCGAGCGUCAUAGUGACGAGG